AUGGACGCGAUCUCCUCGAUCAUCCCCAAGCACAUCCUGGACGCUCCAGGGUCGGCGCACCCAAGCCUCCUCAUGUCUGGGCUGCUCGGGCUGGGGGGAGCCAUCGGCUUCCUGAAGAAGCGCAGCGUGCCGAGCCUCGUUGGUGGCCUCACUCUCGGCGCGGCUUUCUUCUACAGCGGCCACCUCAUCGCCAGCGGGGAGAGCCCCGCGACCGGGCACGACGUCGCGCUGGCCGCGAGCGUCGUGACGGCCGCGAUGAUGGGCGCGCGGUUCCGCAAGACGCGCGCCUUCAUGCCGGGCGGGGUGCUCAUGGUCGCGGGCGGAGGCAGCGCCGUCUACCAGGCGAUCAAGUCCGCGGAGUGGCACGGGUUCCUGUGA